AUGGAAAGAAUUGAAGACAAUGAUGAAGAUUUACAAUAUUGCAUGACUGAUAAAAAACGUAAAAUGGGCAACUUAGGCUCAGAAACAGGCAGUAAUGAAGCCUUGUGUUGUGAGUACAUUUCUACAAUACUACAUGCAAGUCUCAUUAUUGCUAAAAGAAUCACUAAAAAAAAAAUCACUCUGAAACCUGAGUUUGAAGUCACUGGUGAUGAAGCAACAG